UUCUUCCUCCCAUUGCCCUUAAGCACCCCUACAUUAUCUCGGCCACUUCAACCGAGUCGCUCUAGCGUUGUGAGGCAGCAAUCUACAUUUCCUCGUACGGUCGGUCAAACAGUGGUUGGCGCUUAUCGCGCAGACUCUACUCCACUCCACGUGUCCGUCUCGACUCUGCAGUGAGCAGAGUUCGUCGCGAACGGAGGCAGGCACGAGACGAGCGAGAAACUAAUGCGGUCACACAUGGCGUCGCCAAAGUUCGCACUACUACUACUCUUCGCCAGCCUUGCUCUUCUAGCGCCGACGCCGAAAGGGUGGCGAAUCAUAUGCGUGGGGUUCGGUUACGGUAACCCGCUCAACCCAUGGGGCCCUGCCGUGAAGAACUAUAAGGCUGGAAUUGUACACCCAUUCGACGUUGUCAUGUUCCGGUGGAUGACGGGCGAGGUGCACAGCGUGUACAUGAUGGAGAACCCGCUCAAGUACGCCGCGUGCGACGUGUCGGGCACCAAGGAGCUCUUCCGCCCGUCGGGCGCGGGCCACGUGCUGUGGAUCCCCGGGCCCAGCGACAAGGGGAAGACGUUCUACUUCGUGAGCAAGGGCAAGGACUGCCUUAACGGCAUCAAGGCCGUGCUCAAGAUCACGUAGGGCUGGCCGGCGGGGUUGCCUGUUGGGGUUGGUUGGUGGGGUUGGUUGGUGGGGUUGCUUGCUGGAGUGAAAUGCUCGUGCCGGAUCCCCGGGCCCAUCAUGUGCGAGAGACGUUCUAGCGUGUGAGCAGGGGGCAAGGACUGCCCCAGCAGCAGCAUCGAGCCCGGGGUUACGGCUGAGGCAUAGAUCUUGAGGGUUUCAGGAGAUGGUCUGGAGCCGAUUCCCAUCAAUCGCCUGGAUCUUACCUCCUUAGCAAUACGUGCUUGUAUAGUUAGGUUACAGAACUACUACGUGUGUCUGCUCAUGAUUUGUAUAAUCAAAUCUCUCUCUGAUGGAUGGACCAUGAA